AUGGAAGUCUGCAGUGACCCGGGAGAUGACAUAAAUAAUUACGUGUACACGGUGGACGUGCUAUACGGCCCAACCAACGUGGCUGGCGUGGUGAAACACCGUACGGGAAGAGUGGAACGCAUCAAAGGUAUGUGGCGGUGAAUUUUUUGUUUUCAAGAACCAAUUUGUAUGAACAUUGCCCGUUUCGUUUGCAGAAAAACUGGAGCAGCUCGGGUUCGCCGUGUUCUUGAGGCGGAUCUCGGAUUAUGGAAUGGUGGCGUUCGCGUUCGAAGGUCAAAUAAUUUUUUCUUGCGCGGCCAAGAACCUAUCGUUCGCCGACAGUUGGUCAAGGUAUCCGUUAGCAAACACGGUAAUCCAGAAGAUGGUGAAUGAACGAAAUUACGCUGAUAUACUGUAUUAG